CUCAUGGCCAACCAGGAUUCUUCAGUCCCAUUCUCAAGCUAUACUCCGCGUGUUGCGGUCGUUACUGGCGCUUCACAGGGCAUCGGGCAGGCAAUUGCUCUUCGUCUGGCAGACGACGGCAUUGAUGUCGCGGUUAACGAUAUUCAGUCAAAGCAGAAUCAGAUAAACAACGUCAUUGAACAAAUCAGAAAGAAAGGCCGGCGAGCCAUCGCUAUACCAGGAGACGUAGCUGUCGAAACGGAUAUCUCUGCUAUGGUUGAGAAGACAGCUCAGGAACUUGGAGGUGUCGACAUCAUGGUCGCAAAUGCAGGUAUCGCACACUUUUCUCCGCUUCUGGAGACACCUACGGACAAAUUCGACACUGUCUAUACUAUUAAUUUACGCGGUGUCUUUCUCUGUCUGAAAUACGCUGGGCUGCAAAUGGUAAAACAAGGGCGCGGGGGAAGACUGAUAGCUGCAAGCUCUAUAAUUGGCAAACAGGGUGCACCGAACCUGUCAGCUUACUCAGCUUCAAAGUUCGCUAUCCGUGGUAUAAUUCAGUCUGCUUCCAUGGAACUGCGCAAAUACGGCAUUACAGUGAAUGCAUACGCACCUGGAUAUAUCAAUACUGCCAUGCUCGCGAGUAGCAAAGAGGCGGACGCCAGCAUAAAUGAAGCCUCCAAAACUGUUCCAAUUGGGGAGCCCGAGUCCAUUGCCAGUAUUGUGUCAUACAUCGCCAAGCCGGAGUCUUACUUCGUCAAUGGUCAAAGCGUUUCAGUAAACGGUGGUAUAUACUUUGAUUGAGGAUACAUCUUGAUACAGUGUAAUUGAAGAAAGGAGGCAGCAUUGCAUAUCAUGUAUUUUGCGUCUAGCUCCUGCGAGACCUGUCUGCGAUGUCGGCGGCGACUUGUAUUGUUUCCAUAUAGUGAACAAGAUAAUUAAAGUGGUUUCGUGUGGGUAUUUGGGUAAAUCCAGAAUUAAAUCAAUAGUAUUUGUAUAAG